AACUCCGUGGAAAUCGAAAACCUGUUCUACUCUAUUCCAUUCUCAUCGAUUGCACCUAAACACUGAAGAGAGCGUGGAACUUUUUCGCUGAACUGAGGAUGUUUGAUACUUCCACACGAUGCAGAUUCUCCAUCGCUUCCACCUCCGACUAAUUACUAAAUUUGAAGCUUAAGCCCUCGCUUUUUUAGGCGUAGCCUUCUUUUCGGAUGGAUUCUGACGUGGAUAUGGCAGGAGCCGAUGAGGUUAAUAAAUUUCACAGGGUAGAUAAAGCUUUGGCUCAGAAAUAUGGACAAACGGCUGAUUCUCAAAGAAAAAAGAUACAUGAGGAAGAUGAGGCCAAUGCAAAAGGUGGCUUAUAUAUAUGAUACAAAGAAACUAGAAGGUUUUGAUGACUUCACUCUUGCAUCUUCAUGGGAAAGAUUAAUAUCGGAGAUAGAAGCAAUUUGUCGAAUGUGGCAAGCCGAUGGUGCAAGGAAUCUUCUGGAAAAAGGUGCAGAGCGUGUUAAGGCUUUGAGGAAUCUCUAUCAUGUUAAGGCUGACUUCACAUUUGGGAUAAAGACAUAUGCCUUGGAUUACUUUUUUAAAGAUGAUAAAAAACAUGGCUUUAAAUUUGAAAACAAUAUAACUGCAGCUGACAGUGACCAGUGGAGUGAUGGAUUGCACUUCUUACAGAUGUGGUUUGGUGUAAAAGACUUUUUGAUAAUUUCUCCACAAAGUAUGAGCAGAGUUGUUCUCGAUGCACCUGAGGCCACCAAACUUCUCAGUGCCGUUGCAAUUGCUUUAUCAAACUGUGGCAGUAAAUGGCCAGCAUUUGUUCCAGUCCAUGAUCCAACUCGCAAAGCAUACAAAGGCAUCCAAAACAUCAAGACAACUCUUAUAAGGAGGUUUGAAGCAGAUCGUAUUGGGAGUCAUGUACCUGUUAAAUUGAUGCACUUGGAAGGGCUCUAUGAGCUAUUUGUCUCAAAAUUGUCAGUGGCUUCAACAGAGUUUUUCACACCAUUUUUCCAAGUUCAUUAUACAAUGAGAUUGACAUAUAAGACACCUGUGACGGGAUAUGAAUCUGAGCAGCAUGGAUUGAAUCAGUCUGAAAGUACAGAAACUAGUACAACUGCUGAUUCUGACUUAUUCAACAAAAGACAAUGGGAUGAUGACUUCCCGUGGUCUGAGUGGUACUCUGUCGAAGACCCAGUUAAGGGGUUUGAGUUAAUUGCAAUAUGGAUGGAUAAAGUAGUUGAAAGUUCUGUUGAAAUGGCCGAGUUUGAAAAUGUUUCUACUUAUGAAGCUGACAAGUGGUUUCUGGUUCCUAUUACUCUUCCAGACCCACAAACUGCUGGCAGAAAUAAUCAAGUUGGCUUUGCAUCCAGAUUGCUUGCCUUGGUGGAAGCAUUUUGCAUUUCAUUUAAUGCACAAUUUAUGGACGACUUUUCAACAGUUGAGAAUCCACGUAUUCAGAAACUGACUGCAUCAUUUACUGUUCCUCCACCUACUGUUCUUGAUCGAGUUCUUAAAGACCUUUUUCAUGAAGGACCUACAAUAUCAAAAUUUAGUUCAAGUUGCCAUAAGCAUGCACUGGCCAUUAAAGGAGCCCCACUUGAGUCUUUGUUUGCUCAGUUUUGUCUUCAUUCACUUUGGUUUGGAAGUUGCAAUAUACGAGCAAUCUCUGUGUUGUGGAUAGAGUUUUUGCGAGAGGUGCGCUGGUGUUGGGAAGAGUUAGUGCCCUUACCAAGAAUGGCAAGCGAUGGAACCAUUGACCUUAGUUGUUCUUUAGUGCAUCAGAAGUUACAAAUGCUUGCUGUAUGCAUCAACAAGAAAAUAUCAGAGCGCAGUAAAGCCAGCAAUAUUAUUGAAAGCAAACUGCGGGAGCAAGGAGAUGCUGAAGUGCUUGCUGUAGGCAUCAACAAAAACAUAUUAGAGGGCAGUAAAAUCAGCAACACCAGUGAAAGCAAAGUACGGGAGCAACAAAAUGCUGAAGUGGAAGAGCUCAAAUCACUGGAGAGGGGUGAAAAAUGCCAGCAUACUUCUAAGGAUAUACUAGAUGGAGAACGUGGCAGGUCCACUGAAGUUGAAAAAGAUGUUGACAAUUCAAAGCUUUCAGGAUCUGACUUAUGCAACAGUUUUCAACCUAAAACUAGUCUUGAAAAUGGACCUUUGUAUUAUGAACAAAGGGGCUCAGCUGGACCAGUAGGAGAUAUGAUGUUACUGAAGGCCUUCAAGAGGCUGCAUGCACCCUUUACACAGGAUAUACCAAUUAUGACACAAGAUAUGCAUGAAGAACGGCAACAAGCAAUUGAAGCUCUUAGUAAUACUCAGGCUGGGAAAAAUUUGCAUGCUCAACUUGAGAAGGAGAUUCUAGCUUCAGAUAUGUCAGCUUUUAAAGCAGCAAAUCCAGAAUCGGUAUUUGAAGAUUUUAUAAGAUGGCAUUCUCCUGGUGACUGGGUAGAAGAUUUUUUAGAUGAAGCUAUGGAAGGUCUGGAAUGUACAGAUGAGAAGAUCAAGGGCAUAAAAAGUAGUUGGCCUCCAAAAGGGAGACUCUCAGAUCGCAUGUCUGAAUCUGGAAACUCUUGGCGUGAGAUUUGGAAUGAUGCUCAGGCAGUACCAGCUUCAGAACAAAAGCCACUUUUAGAUCCUGACCGAGAAGGAGAAAAGGUCUUACACUAUUUGGAAACACUAAGACCUCAUCAACUACUUGGCCAAAUGCUUUGCACUGCUUUCAGAGCUGCUGCAGAUACUUUGAAUCAGACAGACUUUGGUAGGUUGAAACAGAUGGUGUUAAGGGUUGAACAAUUAUACCUGACUAUUGCUUCCUAUUUGAAACCUUUCCAAGAGGGACAAAUAUCUGAAGAUCCGGAAGAUUUGCAUGGUGAUCUGCAACGACUAUGUUCUGUUUUUGAACAAAUAGAAAGAUUACUGUUUUUUGCAGCAUCUCUUCACCAAAAAUUAUCUCGUGUUCCCCGCCUUGCGACAGUCAUCUUUAAUGAUCUCUUUAAGCAUUCAAUGGACAAAAACCAGAACCCAGUGCAUGAUCUUGACGAGGAGUUCCGCAUUGAGCAGUUUGUAAGAAUGUAUGAAAGAGAUUCUGUGGCAGCUAUUUUCUCUCCACCUACUCCUAGUCAGUCAUGGAGGAAAGUAUUGAGUAUGGGAAACUUCCUUAAUGGGCAUGAGCCUCAAUCACGGGAAGUGGUUUUUUCACUCUAUGACAGUACGGGUCAUAGACAUUAUGGAGGCGAGAGUCUGGAAAGCACAAGUACAGGUUUACAAACUCAUAUGAUGUAUACAUGUGGAACGUCAAAUGAUUUACAAGUUGCACUUUCCGUGACAUCAAGUGACUAACUUAGAUGCAUUACAUGUGUUUGUACUAAUGUAGAAUCAUUGAUGCGUCAUUUAUUGUGUUGUUACGAUUCUUUUACUUCAAAUAUACUAUAGUCUCAUUCGAAGUGCUCAUGCAUUAAACCUGAUAAGUAAUGAUAUCCAGCCAUGUGUGUUGUAUAUGGGAUACCUUUUACUAUUGGGUUGAGAGCACUUCCAGGCUACAGGCAGGCGAAGCCAAUAUUUUACAGUUUGAAGUAGUUUUUUAAAUAUUGGAAAAUUCUUUAUCCUUGUAUGAAUGUUCAUCAUAAAUGGGAUGCUGUAUUAAAAAUGCUUGAAAGACAUUCAGGCAAACUUAAAGAUGCGCCCAUACAAAAAUAAAUCUCUCUAAUUGGCGCUCAUAA